AUGAUGGCGAUGGUGGUAGUGAUGAUGAGGAAGGGGAGGAAGAGAAGAGAAGGGGAGAAGAGGAAGAGGUCCUGCCAUACUUUAUUGUAUAGUUUUGCAAAACGCAAGGAAGCAGUUUCUACGGUUACUGCUUAUAAUUCGUUGAAAAAAGUUUAUUCGCAUUAUGUGGUAGGCAAGGGAAUUAAGUACCAUGGUUUUUGGUGUGAAGGGAAGUGGCGGAGAAGUGUAGAAUCUGUUCCUGUAUUACUUUUAGACGCACCUGAGGCAUCCGAUAACGAGGAUCAGGAUAACAAGGAAGAUCUCGGCCAGUUUGGCAUAGGUGAUCAGCGCUCGCUGUGCGAGCCGUUCAGGGCCGUACACGGCAAAGAUUGGCGAAGGACCAGCAACUCAGGUUCUGCUACAGCUUCAUCAACUGGGAGUUUUUGUGGGGGACGUUUCUCCCCGGAGAUGUCAUCUGUGCAGUCGCCGUCACAUGUUUUACGAGCACUUUACAAGCAUUAUUUCCGAGAAUAUUUACUGUUGAUUUACAGUGCUCGUUUUGGUCGCGAUUCCGAGCGUUUCCAUCAUAUUGGGGGUGAGUUCGACGAUCUAGACGACGGGAAUUCUGAAUCGGACGAGCAACCGGCAGAGCUUGUUCCACUCGGGAUGCGUACGUUGAGUUUGUCUGGGAACAAAAGUCGCCGUCGUCACCAAAAGCCUCGCACCAAUUUCAGCGAAUUUUACAAAUUGACCGAUGAACAUUUGGGUGCGGGUGCAUAUGCGAGUGUUCGAACGGGUAUAUCUCGUGCUUCUGGCGAGGAAUUUGCCAUCAAAUUAGUGGACAAACAUGAACCUGGUCACACAAGAUCACGAAUUUUGCGAGAAGUGGAGACAUUUAAUUUGUGUCGGGGACAUCCUAACAUUGUCCAACUUGAAGAGUGGUUUGAAGACCAUGACUAUUUCUAUCUUGUGUUCGAAAAAAUGCGCGGUGGACCACUACUCAAUCAUAUUCAGCAGAAAGGUUUUUUUACUGAGCAAGAGGCUAGCAAAGUGACGAGAGACAUUGCUUCUGCUCUUAAAUAUCUCCACGAUCAAGGUAUUGCUCACCGAGACGUGAAGCCGGAAAAUGUUCUUUGCUCAGAUUUCGACAGAGUCAGUCCAGUGAAGUUAUGUGAUCUCGAUUUAGCGAGCAAGGCUGUACCACCAUCUCCACCGAAACUACCUUCUGUUAAUAGCGAACCAGAUUUGGCAAGUCCAGUAGGAAGUGCUGAAUUCAUGGCGCCAGAGGUUGUGGAUGCUUUUGUUGGUGAUUCGUUAAAGUAUGAUAAAAGGUGCGAUAUGUGGUCGCUGGGUGUAAUUGUCUAUAUCAUGAUUUGCGGGUAUCCACCAUUUUAUGGACAGUGUUGGCGGGAAAACUGUGGUUGGGAUCAGGGCCUCCCAUGUAAUGAUUGUCAAGAAUAUCUAUUCAAAAGAAUCCAGCGUGGAGAGUUUGAUUUCCCAGAACCAGAGUGGGAAAAUGUAAGCAAAGAGUGCAAAGAUCUGAUCUGCCAUUUAUUGGUGAAGAACGUUCGUGAGCGCUUUACGGCUGAUGAAGUCCUGAAACACCCGUGGGUGCGCGACGGAGCCCCGAACACGAAGCUCCAGACUCCAGGAAACUUGUUUAGAAACGAUAGCGCUCGCGACGUUCAUCAGAUUCAGGAACAUUUCAAUGUCAUGAAUCGUAUUGAGGCAGCUCGGCGCAGUGCGAGAAUGGAGAAUUUUGAACUCAACAUUUCGAAAUCAAAUGGUUUGUUCAUAAACGCUUUGUGGGGGCUUAUUGUCCCUUUGGUAAUUAUUUCCCUUUCAGAUGAUCUUUUAAUUCGUCUGAAGAAAAGUGAAAAUGAUGAUACUGAAAAAGAGAAAGAAAAUAUAGACCUUGGUGAAGAAGUCGUACGAGCUACAGAAAAAAAUAAUAAUUCGGAAGAUACUAUACCAACCGUUCUCAAAGCGGCACCGGUACUCACGCCGACUAAUUUUGCUGGCAAUGCUUGCAACAAGCAAGCCCAAUUACCUGAUAUUUUAACUUCUGAUACUACUGUUAAACAAGGAAGGAAUCAGGUUCCAUUGGUUUCACCUGCACUGACAAUGUCACAAAUCACCGUACCUCAAGGAAUGGCUGUUCCUGUGCCUCAGAUGACAGUGGCAAACCAAAUAACAUUUUGUCCAAAUGGUUAUCCACAACCGCAACCUGGAAUCCCUACAACUGUGGCUUUCACUCAGAAUCCUCUCGUUAAUCUGAAUGGAUAUUACAUGUAUAACCACUUCGUCCCUCAGCAAGUCUAUCUUCCUCAGCAGAUGUAUAAAUUUGGGAUAAUGCCAGCGCAGUUUAUGGCUCCACCACCGCCUAACUCUUUUGGAUUGGUCUCGCCUUUGGGGCUUCGUGGAAGUAACGGGUAUCAGCGUUCCCGCAGAGGCGGUCAGAAUGCAAAUUCGAAAUAUGGUGGUAACCAGACGGGUCUGCACAAAGGCAUUGGGUUGGUUUCUGUACAGUCUGCGACUGCUCUCGUUGCAAACUCGCAGCCAGCGGAAACUUGCCAGACAGCUAUGGCAAGACAAGAUUCAAAGAGCGAACUGCCUCCGCAGGCACGUGAAACUCGGGUGAACGUAUAA